UAAUGCAAUUAAGUUAAAUUAAAUUAAACUAAAGCAAAAUAAAGCGUAUCUUGUGUCGUAUCUAAUAACAUUAGUGAGUUACUGUUUGAAGUGUUCAUUUCUGCAUUACACUAUCAUGCAACGGAAGCAAAAGUACGAGAGCGAAACGGGCUUCGAAGGAUGGGGCGAUUACAUGGAUGCGAAAAUCGCCAAACUGGAGGAUCAGUUUCGACGCUCGGCAGCUAACGUUACAGAGCGCCAAUCCGACCUGUUCUCCGGCAUAUCGAUUUUCGUAAACGGCCACACGAAUCCAUCUGCCGAAGAGCUUAAGCGAAUUAUGAUGCUACACGGAGGUAUAUUUCAUCACUACAAACGACCAACCACUACUUACACGAUCGCUUCGGUCUUGCCCGACGUGAAGGUACGUUCGAUCACGUCAGAGAUCAUCAUCAGCCCUCGCUGGGUAAUAGACUGCUUGCAAAAUGGUCGCAUUGUUGAUUACAAGCGCUAUCUUCUGUACACCCAACAUAAGCCAUCACAGCCAAAGUUGGUCUUUGCAACAGUGGGCAUGGCAACAAAAACCAAGGAAGCUGGAAGGACUGACGACGAAGCUCGUAAGAAUAGCAACGAUGCUAGCGACAUCAGUCCACGAGAAUGUUUAAAUGUUUUGGGUUUGCUGAAAAAUUUCACCCAUUCGGAAUCCGUCACAUUCGAAAAGGGUCACGAAGUGCAAUCAACGGAAAUAAUCCUUCAACCCGGCCUGUCGGGAUCGCAAGAGAACAGAGCUUCACAGGAAACUGAAAGCAUCAAUCAACACCAACACGAUGUACUGGCGCAGACCACAGUUAAAGAAGUAAUUCUAUCACCACCCCCCAAAAUCUCAGUAAAGCAACCACUCACCGCGACUGAUCCCAACUUUUUGGCGGAAUUUUUCAACAACUCACGGCUGCACCACAUCGCAACACUCGGUGCAGGCUUCAAGGCAUAUGUUGCCGAGUUACGCGAAAAAUCUUCCGGUUCGUUUCCGGCACGCGAUGUGCUAUCCCAAAACUUACCCCGUAUCCAAGAUCGGGAUGGGUUCGAGAAUCUGGCAGUCUCUCGCUGCAUAUUGCAUAUUGAUAUGGAUUGUUUUUUCGUGUCGGUUGGUUUGCGAAAGCACCCCCAUCUGCGCGGACUGCCGGUGGCCGUAACACACUCGCGUGGCUCAGAUGCCCGCGUUCCGUAUCAGCCAGGCCAAAAUCGUGCUCUAGAGAUCGAGCUGUACCAUAAGCGGUUCGAAGAACGCAACAAAACACCCGACAUUCCAAAGGAGUCGCGCCUUUCGUCGAUUGACGAUCAUAAUUCGCUGUCGGAGAUUGCCUCGUGUAGCUACGAAGCUCGCCGAAAGGGUGUGAAGAAUGGCAUGUUUGUCGGCGCAGCUCUUAAAAUAUGUCCCGAGCUCAGGACCAUACCGUACGAUUUUGAGGGCUACAAGGAGGUGGCCUACCAGUUUUACGAUACGAUCAUUAAGUAUACACUUGAUAUCGAAGCAGUUAGCUGCGAUGAAAUGUUCGUUGACUUAAGCGAGGUAGUACAGUCGAUCGGCAUAUCCGUGAUGGACUUUGUUACGUUCGUAAGAAAUGAAAUAUCGACCACCACUGGUUGUGCUUGUUCCGCCGGAAUCGGUUCGAAUCGUUUGCUAGCUCGAAUGGCAACGAAACGAGCGAAACCAAACGGGCAAUAUUGGCUCGCUCCAGACAAAGUCGAAAGUUACAUGAGGGACAUUCCGAUCGGCGAGCUUCCGGGUGUUGGUCCCAGCACGACCGCUCGUUUGAAACUUAUGGCGUCCGCAUCGUGCGCCGACUUGCAAACAAUUUCCCUGAAUGAAUUACAGACAAAGUUUGGGAAAAAGUUUGGCGAAACACUUUACAAUGCCGCUCGGGGUAUCGACGAACGGCCACUCGUGUACGAUAAGGGUAGAAAAUCGGUUUCCGUAGAUGUUAACUAUGGGAUACGGUUUUCGACCGAACAAGAGGUUGACCGGUUUAUGCGUCAGUUGACUGCGGAAAUCCAUCGCAGAUUACUUGAUCUUCGACAGCGCGGUAAAAUUGUCACAGUAAAGCUGCUCGUUCGUUCUCCAGAGGCACCGAUCGAGACGGCAAAGUUUAUGGGCCACGGAUUGUGCGAUGUUGUAACAAAAUCUCAACCACUAGUGCAGCACACUGAUGAUGCAUCGGUGAUCGAGAGUGCUGUGCUUGGUAUUAUGCGCGCAGUCGCCGUUCAACCAAAAGAACUGCGUGGCAUUGGCAUCCAGAUAUCCAAGUUCGCUAAAGAUCGAAAAACUGUGGAUGGUAUGGCCGGGGUUCGGUUGAAAAAUAUGCUGCAAUAUGCGGAGAGUAAGCAGAAAAAGCUCAUCGGAAAACCCAAGCAGACAGGGAACGACGCUAUAAGAGAGGAAAUGAAGCCACAUAACCAGCAUGAUGAACAGCAGCAGCAACCUUCCACUUCGUGGGGUUGGUCAGGACAACAGCAGAUGUCCUUGAUACACGAAAGCUUCCGAACGCCAAAAAAAGAAAGUACUACUUCAGGAAUUGUAAAUAUAUUGGCUUCGCCAAAACGACGUGAUAAUACGGCAUCUCCGAGUAGACGUCACACAAUAACAAAACCUAUCACACGCACCUGUCGGGGAUUUCCACCAGCAGGACCAGCGAAUGAAGGAUUAAGAAAAUUUUUCUCCAACGAAGUCAAAUCAACUACGACCGUUUGUGGUGCUUUCGAACAAUUCCCAUCCGGUCUCGAUCCGGAAGUGCUGGCAGCUCUACCGGAAGACAUUCGCAACGAAGCGAUACGUGACUUCAGGCGACAGUUGUUAUUGGUGUCUGCCCGCAAACCGGGGUCAGCGGCGGAUAUGAAAACCCCUAUAAAACAAUCGCCAUCGAUAGUACCAUGUUUAGAGGAUCAGAAAACUCGAGUUGAGGCUCGGAAAGCUCCGCCAAACGACGAGGUUGAGAAACAGAUUAAAAUGCAAUGUGACGAGAAGUUGGUAACGUGUAGUGAUGCGGAAAUCGAUGAACCCUUGUGGGUCACUCCAGAACACAGUCCCUUGAAGGAGCUAAACCAAGUAACGGACGAAAAGGAAGCUGAAAAACGAAACUUAUGUGAAAAUGAACAAGCUGAAAACACAAAAGACAGCAACAUUAUUAACCGAUCCGAUUGGUUGAUGUUGAUGGAAGAUUGGGUCGCAAGUGCUGAAGUGCCGUACGAGUACGACGUUGAAUUGCUGGCAGCUAAUGGCCAAGAAUUGGUACAAAACAAGACUCUCGAAAGAUUAUAUCUUUUUCUGCGUUGUUUCUGUCGAUUAGUACAGGAAAAAGGGUCCUGUGUGUGGCACAAAGCGUACAGCAAUAUUGUUCACUCGAUUCAGCAUCAAAUGGUGAUCGUCUACGGGUCUAAAUUAGCCAGUAGGGAAGUAACUUGUGACGCGUGCAAUUAUUGUAAUUAAAU